CCCUGAACAAAAGGAGGCAAAAAGGGCACAUAAACGGCCAACACCAAAUCACGUCAUAGCGCGGCGAAGGCGUAGCAAAGACUACAAUACACCAGUUCUAUAUACAGCUACUCGAGAGUAGCCACAACCACAGACACAACAACAACAACAACAAAAAUGGCACAGCCCCUCUUCGGCCUCGUGCCAGCAAACCUCCCCUGCAUAACCGCCCCGGCCGAGACGCCGUCCCCGACCUCCUUCAUAUACUCCAUCGGCGCCGGCGCCGCGCCCUUCUCGCACCUCGUCGUCUUCCUCCUGCCGGGCGUCGCGCUGCCCGACGGCACCGCCGCCGCCAUCUACCUGGUCACGCCUCCCGUCAGCCCCGGCUCCCCGCCCUCGUCCCGGUUCCUGGGCGGCGUCGGCCCGGGCAAGGAGAGCGCCAUCUUCAACCUGCGCUCCUCUUCCUCUGCCGCCCCGCCUAGCGCGGACCAACAACAACAACAACAACAACAGCAACAGCAGCAGCAGCAGCAGCAGCAGCAGCAGCAGCAGCAGCAGCAGCAGCAGCCCGUGGUAAUCGGUAUAAGCAUCGAGCCCGCCGACUCGGUCGCCGCGCGCAUCACCGAGAUCAAGGAGGCCAGGGGAGCAACAGCAGCCGGAGACGGCAACACCAACAGCGCCCUGGUCGUCGCCAGGCCCUCGACUUUGGUCCUGGCCCAGCGCAUCAUCCAGAACGCCUUCAACUUCCUGGCCAGCUUCAGCGGCACCACGGCCGGCCAGGUAGAGGUCGUGCCGCUCAAGGCCUUUGAGGAGUGGUGGCGCAAGUUCGAGGGUAGGGUACGCGCCGACCCGGGCUUUCUGGAGCGCGCAGAAAACUAGUCGCUAUGCUGGGGUGUCACUUUUCAACAUUUGGUCUGUUUGGCGUAUCGGGUAGGAGUUCUCACGGUUGCAUGUUUUCAAUGGCUCGGGAACAGUACAAGUAUAUCACAACGUAAAUUCUAUCAUCAAGACAAACAACUAUCAGGAGGCGUCAUUGCCGUAAAGGGCAUCCUUUGGCAUAAUUCUCAGUUUGCCAGCUCGGAGCAGUCCACGUUCAACCCUGAGCGGUCCUGUUUUUGUAACUCCCGAGGCGGCAUCAAUAAGCUCGUACAGAAGAAAGCAACACGUAUACAACAAACUCAACAAGCCAUCUGGAACAUUGCUCGUGCGGAAGUGUAAUCGCUGCCAUCCAGUUGACGCCUUUUUUCUCCGUGGGCCCAAGUCUGAAAGAAAAUAACAAGAUCCCCCAUCCCAACCAAGCAGAAAUGUACAAAUAAAGACGAUAAAGGGUAAGAACCGUAUAAAAUAAAGAGUCGUAGUAGAAACAGCAGUAAUCGAUACCGACAGGACCGAAGACCAAAGAGUCUGCAUGUUCUAGAUCAUGCUGUCUUGUUUUGUGCGAGGCCCGCCAUAAAGAAGCGAAUAGAAAAAGAAACCGAGCCUGGCGGCAGGCUUCCCAGCUUGAUGGGGAGGGGAUAAGAAAGUGAAUCCAAAAAUAAUUGAAGAGCGUAAUAUGAACACCAAACACCGGACAAAAACGACGAGAUCAAAUCGCGUGUCAUGUCUCCUGGAGUGGCGACUUCAUGGGGCUUUUCAGCCUCGUGGGGCUGCUGGCACGACUCCGGCGGCCGGCGUUGGACAUCUGGAGCGUGGGAACCAGCCGUUCGCGGCUCUCGGUCCUAACCA